CUGCGCCCACAGAACACGUGUCGGACCGAUCUCCGACCAACCGACCGAUCACACAUCGGCCACGCGCGAAAACUUUCCCAAAAACCCGAUAAAACAUUGCAAAAUUUGUCAAAAACCAACCGCAAAGCACUAUUUUCUAAGUAACUCAACGUUGUGUUUGGUAUGAGUGCAGUAAUUUCGUAGUAUGUGAUGUUUAUGUGUACAAUACGUGUGAGGAAUAUUAUCGGUCGCACUAUUAAGUGACAUUAGACGGCGCAUAUGUAAAAGGUAUACAGCGUGUCACGUAAAAAGAAUACUGAGGGUGGCGAUGGGCAGCUGGUUAACGUACUUCUGGUGGGGCGGCGACCCUGACGCGGUCAAUCCUCUGACGGGCCUGACGAGGAGAGAGGUGUAUGCCGUGCAGCAGUCCUGGGCACCGGUGUAUGCCAACUCCGUCGCUAAUGGAACUGAAUUGUUGAAAAGAUUGUUUCGAGCAUAUCCAGAAACGAAAGAGUUCUUCAAAAUGGUCCGCAAAGCCUCCGAGCACGAGUACGCCGACAACCCGCAGUUCAAAGCGCACGUCAUCAACCUGAUGAGCUCGCUGAACCUGGCAGUCAACAACCUCAACCAGCCCGAAAUGGUGGCAGCCAUGAUGAACAAGUUAGGAGAAUCGCACGGAAAGAGGAAAAUACAACGGGAACAUUUUUAUGAUUUAAAGGACGUGUUAGUAAAGAUGUUCAUUGAAGUCUUAAAACUCGAAGGAGCGACGCUAGCCGCUUGGGGGAAAGCUGUCGAGUUCUGGUACAAACACAUCUUCGAAACGCUAAGCCAAGGAGACACUAGAUAACCAACGCCAGAUAAUCAACUAACUGUGAAUGUUAAUCCUUAAUUUGAAUAGGACUACUGCCGAGACAGGUUGUAUGGCAACGCAGCGAAAAGGUUGAAAUAACUCGGAAGAAUUGCUGUAAAUUCAUUAGGCAAAAACUGUACGAUUUUUUUCAGAGGAAUGAAUAUGAUUAUUUACGAUACGGAAUAAAACUCUUUUACAAGUCAGCAAUAAAUUAACUACCCACCUACUACCUAUACAAGGCCCAAUUCAGACUGUAAGACUAGAUUACACGAUAGAGCUUUUGUUGCAACCAAAAUUUUUUGUGCCAUUUGAGGUUUGGAAAAGAAACGAUGGAAUUAUUCGGUUUAAUAGAGAUUUUAAUUAGUAUGUAAAUAAAUAUUUAAAGCAUCUUAGGCGCAAACUUUCUAGUUCCAGAAAGCAUAAAUGAUGUUGCGCUUUGAAGGGUUGAGGUUUCGAAUUUUGUCGUUUAUGUCACUUAGAUUAAGUUAAGAAAAUAUCUUUGUAUUCAUUCAUAAGCCUACUUAGAAUAUUUUAUAGAUAUUUUAGAUAGAUGCUUAAUUUUAAUAGAAAAUAAAAAUAUUAUGUCUACCUAGUUAUGAUCAUAUCUAUAUACUUACUUGAUUAUAUGAUAAUAAUAAGUUAACAAUGACAUUUUUUACCAGCAUGAAAAUUUCCUAGACCUCGGAGGAGUCUGAAGUUGACGACAUUAAUUGUAUUCCCCAAUUCAAGAGUUUCAAUAAUUCUAUCAAUAUCGGUCCAGCCGUUCGUCUCAUAAUCGUACCUAUCUGUAGGUAAAUAUUUUAGGAAUGGAUUUUUAUUUAAAGGUACAAAUUAUUCUAAAAUAAAAAAAACGAUUUUGUAUGCAUAUUUUUAAACGUCUUGCAGAUUAAUUGAGAGUUUUCUUUAUCAAACUAAUUAAAUAUCACUUAUUUUUACCUAUAUGGAUUGUAGCUCUUUUUAAGGGACGUUGUAGUUUUUGAUAACGCAGAAACUACCCAUAUUUAGGUAGGUAGGUACCCUAGAACAAUUAGGAACAUUGCCUAAAUAUAGCUAAAUAAAUAAGCUACAAAAUAAGUAAUUUUCUAGAUAAUUGCCUUUAGUGACAGUUAAAAAUGACUAUCUUCCUACUUUGACUCAACAAAAAAUAUUUAUUUAAACGUUAUUUUCCAUGUAAUACAUGCAUGUAACACGUGCAAAUACGCGAUGACUCCUUGUGUACUUACUAUCAAGAUAGAUAAUGUGCAAUCACAAUCUAAUGUGUGUACUGUAGACAAUUUGUUUAAUGAUUAAUAUAACUUGUAAAUAAAUGUUUCUAUUAUGUACUUA